UCUUACUCAUGGUUCAAUUUCCCCACCCCAAAAGCUUGCUAAAAAAAGAAAACCUUUUGGUGUUCUGUGCUACACAAAGCUAGCUUUCAUCAGAGGAAAAAUGGAGCAGAAACCGAGCAGGGAGCAACUCAAAGGCCAAACAAGGCUACCAAAGUUUGCAAUCCCAAAAUUCUAUGAUAUUUACCUCAAACCUGAUCUCUCUCUGUGCAAUUUCUCUGGUACAGUUUGCAUUAACCUUAGCAUCACCGAACCUACCAACGUCAUCCUCUUGAAUGCUGUGGAACUUACUGUCAGUGAAGUCUGGUUCAAGAACGCUGAGAGUAAACAGUACCAUCCUUGUGAUGUCAGUUUAGAUGAUGAUAGUGAGAUACUUUUUUUGGUCUUCCAUGAAAAGCUUGGUGUUGGUGAUGGAUUGCUGGGGAUUGAGUUUUCUGGGGCUCUUAAUGAUCAUUUGAGGGGGUUUUAUAGAUGUACAUAUGUGGAUAUGGGAGAGAAGAAGAAUAUGGCAGUUACACAAUUUGAAGCCGUGGACGCAAGGCGGUGCUUUCCAUGCUGGGAUGAACCUGCUCUUAAGGCUACCUUCAAAAUAACAGUGGAUGUCCCUCUAGAAUUGAAAGUGUUGUCUAACAUGCCCGUUAUUGAUGAAAAGUUUGAUGGGAACAUUAAGACUGUCCAUUUUGAGGAAUCCCCUGUCAUGUCAACUUAUUUGGUUGCUCUUGUUAUCGGUGUGUUUGAUCACAUUGAAGCUACAACGGCUGAUGGUGUUAAGGUUCGCGUAUACUGUCCAGUGGGCACGAGUGAUAAAGGGAAGUUUUCUUUAGAUGUUGCUGUUAAGAUGCUUGAACUAUUUACUGAAUACUUUUCAAUGCCAUACCCACUUGCUAAACUUGAUAUGGUUGCUGUCCCUGAGUUUUCUGGUGGAGCUAUGGAGAAUUAUGGUUUGAUUACAUAUAGAGAGAAUGAGUUGCUUCACGAUGCUAAACUUUCAACAACUGCUAAAAAACAGCACCUGACAAUUGUUGUGGCGCAUGAAGUGGCCCAUCAAUGGUUUGGCAAUCUGGUAACAAUGGAAUGGUGGACUCAUUUAUGGCUAAAUGAGGGUUUUGCAACAUGGGUUAGUUAUAUGGCCGCUGACAGAAUAUUUCCUGAGUGGAAACUGUGGACUCAGUUUCUUCAACUAAGUACUAGUGGCCUAGAGAUGGAUGCACUGGAACAAUCACAUCCAAUUGAGGUGGAUAUACACCACGCUCGUUCAGUUCUUGAAGUUUUUGAUGCCAUUGGUUAUUAUAAGGGAUCUGCUAUCAUUAGAAUGUUGCAGGGAUAUCUUGGGGAUGACAUGAUCCAGAAUUCCUUGAGGGCAUACAUGAAAAGAUAUGCUUGGAGUAACGUCAAAACAGAAGAUUUUUGGAGCGCUCUUUCUAAGGAAUCGGGAGCUCAAGUAAACUCACUAAUGGAUAGUUGGACAAAGCAAAAAGGCUAUCCAGUUAUCUUUGUAAAAUCUCAAGAUCUUAUUUUGGAAUUUGAACAGUCACAGUUUCUCUUGUCUGGUUCCCGUGGUGAUGGGCAAUGGAUUGUACCAAUAACCCUAUGCCUUGGCUCAUACGAUAGGCGCAAGAAUUUCCUUAUGGAUUCAACAGUUGAAAGGGUGGAUAUAUCAGAGCUUUUACCUUCUCCUGAUGACAAUUCAGAGUCGUUCAAAGGAACAAAUGAUGAACAUUUUUGGAUCAAAGUUAAUGUUGAGCAGAGUGGUUUUUAUAGAGUAAAAUACGAAGAUAAACUGGCAGCUCAAUUGAGGAAGGCAGUAGAGAACAACUGCUUGUCAGCUACAGAUAAAUUUGGCAUUUUGGAUGAUACAUAUGCCCUUUGUGUGGCUUGUGAGCUACCAUUCUCUUCUUUGCUUAGCUUGAUGGAUGUGUACAGAAAAGAGCUUGAUUACAUUGUAUUGUCAAAACUCAUCGAUGCCUGUUAUAAUGUUGUGAAGAUCGCAAGAGAUGCCAUUCCUGGUUCAGUAAAAGAAAUGAAAGAAUUUGUCAUUGGGAUUCUUCUAUAUGCUGCUGAAGAACUAGGCUGGGAACCAGUUUCUGGAGAGAGUCAUCUAAGCGCGUUGUCGAGGGGAGAAGUUUUUAUGGCCUUGGCUGAUUUGGACCAUAAGAAAACUCACGAAGAAGCAAUGCAGCGUUUUCAGAUGCUAAUAAACGAUGGCAACACCGAGUGUCUUUCAGCCGACAUGAGAAGGGCAGCAUACAUUGCCAUAAUGAGGAAUUGUAGCACCUCAAAUAGAAGUGGACUUGAUUCGCUUUUGAAGAUUUAUAGGGAAGUUGAUACCGUGCAAGAGAAGGAACGGGUUCUGAGAUAUUUGGCAUCAUGUCCAGACCCAAAUAUAGGUGUAGAGGUUCUGAACUUUUUGGUGUCUGAUGAGGUUCGAGAUCAAGAUAUCAUUUACGGAUUAGCUGGAAUAAGUACAGAAUGCUGUGAAAUAGCUUGGGAAUGGUUGAAGGAGAAUUGGGACCUAAUAUUGAAGAGGCAUGGUGAUGGGAUGCUACUUACUCAUUUCGUCAGAGAUAUAGUCACGCCGUUUGCAAGCAAUGAAAAGGCUGAUGAGGUUGAAGCAUUUUUCAUGGAUCGCGUGCAUCCAUCGAUUGCUAUGACUUUGAAGCAAAGCAUAGAGCAAGUCCGAAUCAAAGUAAGGUGGGCUCACAGUAUACAGCAAGAACAAUCUCUUGAAGAUAUAAUAAAACAAUUAGCUUCCAGGGAGUGAUAGAUGUCUCUUCCCUUGUGAAUAUGUUAAGAAAUACAGAUUGCCACUAAAUCCAUCUAAUCCUCAUCAUGUCCCAAUUCAAUAGUGUGCACAAAUUGGAUGUAUAUACAACUAAAUUCCAAAUU